AAAGGUUAAAAUUAAUACAGUUGAACCGUGAUACUUCAAAAAAACUUAACAACUAGACUUUUUAUUAUUCCCCUUGAGGAGGAUAGGUUAGGAUAAAUUCUACUUGGGGAUCCCAAAGCAAUUUUUAUCACUCUUUAACUUUGAAGUUUUGAGACUAACAGUAUUAUUCAAACAUGGGUAACGGUCCAAUAUGCGACCUACAAAUGUUACUCGACCUACCGAUACGAUUGAGUUGAUCUACAGGUUUCUUUAUCGCGGUUAUUGUCCUUGUGGGAAUUUUAUUCUAUUUUUGUUCUCCGAUAGGUACCUACUUACAAUCAUUUAUAAUACUUUACUGUCCUCAGUCAGUACAGUUCCGAUUUCAUUUGCAUGUGUCGUGCGCUAGUUUUGUGAUUUUUUAUUUGAGUUUUAUUUUGUGAGUGUGAAUUUUUAUGUUUUAACUCAACAUAACAUCUAUUAUUGGUCACCUAUAUAGGAACAUUAUUAGAGAUGAAGGGGUAUGUGUUCAAUAUUUAAAAGACUGAGGGUUAUUACUGGCCGAUAAUCCGAUGACAUGUAUAAAGGUGAAAGACGGUGUUGUAUGUAAUGGCCAAUUUGUCGAAUAUUUAAGAAGUAGUAAAAAACGAAAUUCUGAUGACACUAUGAAAAAAGUUGUAACAUUACGAUGUAAAAAACGGGGUUGCCAGACUUACCAAUUGAUUUGUAAAAAUAAUGACUUUUUACCUACACGGAUCUUAACGGCUGUUGUAAUAGACAGCUAUCAUUAUGUGAAAUAAUGGAAAUAGUUUGGUUCUGGGUUAAUUUAGUUCCAACAAAUCAAGCUGUAAAUUGGACUGGAAGAAGCAAAAUCACCAUCAUUGAUUGGUAUAAUUUAUGCAGAGAUAUACAAGUAUAUUGUUUUUCAAAAAGAGAGAAAAUGGGUGGUCCUGGUAGUACUGUCCUAAUUGACGAAUCCCUUUUUCAAGGUAAAAGGAAGUAUAACCGUGGUCGAAUACAGCGUGGGGACCAUCAGCCAUUAAGAGAAAUAAAUAAUUCCAACAACGAAAAUUCUAACGAAAAUGAAAUAGUACGUACAAAUAAAAAUUAUGGCAAUCGUAUAGUAGGCCCAUGGGUAUUUGAAAUUAGUUGGAAACGGCCAGACCUAUGAUUAGAACGGCGAUUUUUUAUAGUAGAAAAACGGGACCGAGAAACUCUUUUACAAAUUAUUAAAAAAGAAAUAAAAACGACAAUUUAUAGUGACCAAUGGAGAGCGUACUCAACAAUAAAUCAUCAUGGAUAUAUUCAUCAAACAGUUAACCAUUCAGAAUUUUUUAUUGACCCGGAAACAGGAGCACACACUCAACAAAUUGAAGGUUUAUGGAGAAUUGUGAAAUCCAAAUAUAAUAGCAAAAUAAAUGGAUCUUUACUAGAUAGACAACUUCAAGAAGAGUGGUGGAGAUUGUGUCAAAAUCCAAAAACCUUCUUUGAUGAAUUUUUGACUGAUAGUGAUAUGAAAAAUACGUUUCAUAACAAUACGGACUGAAAUAAUACAGUCAUUGACGACACUGAGAAGUGGAAUGAAAAAAUUGUAUUAUAAUAUCAAAAUUAGGUCGCUCAUUUGCUUACGAAUGAUUACAACCAUAAUAAGUUGAUAUUAAAUAUUGAUAUUAUGUAGGAAUUAUUUAUCUUUUAUGCACAAUAAAUAUGAAAUUGCGUCUUUAUAGUUUAUCCUCCAAAAAAUGUUAGAUAAAAUUAUUUGUAUUUUACAUUUAUAACGUAGGUCGGAUAUUAGACCGUAAAUUAAUGUAGGUCGCAUAUUGGACCGUUACCCAAAUAUGUAUUAUAUGUAUUCAUAGCAACU